UAUUUAUUUAUAAUGAAGAAAAAAAUGAUGAGCAUUACAAAGUUUUCAUUUGUUUUCAAUACAAGCAAGUUGUCUAACGCAAAAAUAAAAUGGCCAUCCGUUUUGUCAUCAUACCGUGGUUAUUCGUUUUAUUGCCAACUUUUUAUAGUUUUACUUAUCAUAGGGUUCUUCGGCCAAAUUUACCGGUAGGAGAAUACAAAUUAAAAUACAAAGCUGCACAUGCUUGCAACGAAACCGCCAACUAUUUGAUAGACCACAAAUUAUACUUGUACAGAGUUUCCCAGAACCGAACAGAAUUAAGAGGAAACAUAACGUUAAAAAUUCCUUUCGACGAUACCUUAUUUUUCGAUAUAAAUAUGGCUGUUCUAAGUAAAAUCGGAGGAUGGAAAGAUAACGCGUACGUUUACCGCACUGGAAAAGCUUGUUCGACGUUGAAUUUUUUCAUGGGACCAACGUGGGAUGAGUACAUGGGCCUAUACGUGAUGCAUGGUUUUGAUCUAUCAGAAGUAUACAGAUGGCGCUUCCCGAAAGAGUUUUUUUAUGGGACAUACAAAUUUCGAUUGGCCUAUACCGAUAGCAAAGAUGUAGUUGUUGGUUGUUUGUAUGUGAUUGUUGACGUAUUACGACCGUGGGAAGAUUCUUAUUGAUACAAAAUCAAAAAAAAA